GACCUGUCAUGCUAUUUUGACAUUUACAAAGUGUUAACGAGCGGUAGAUAAAAGAAGGUAGAACAAAUUAGAUAAAAUGUCUAAAUUGCGGUGUUUAAUAAAUUAUUAGAGAAUGUGAAAGCUUAUUUUGUGUAAGAUGUGGAAUAGCGUCAGAAGGCUCUCGACCAUGACAUGCUUGAAUCUCUCCUUCCCUGGAUCCUUACUGUCACAUUUCCGUGGUGUCCAGCUGACAGUAAAAGCCCAGGUGAGAUGUAUCUCUCAGGGUGUGUUCAGGACCGACUCAUCACCCCGACCUGCUCGCUCUCUCAGCUCCAGAAGCGUCCUGUCUGUGCCAUCAUUGUACCUGCAGCCGUGCAGCACGAGGCGCGUGAGCCAGGCCGGGUCCGGUUCCGGAUGGUACGCGAGUGUGGCUGAUUCUGCUCCAGUCCAUUUCACAGAGCAGCUGCUGAUCUCCAGCCAGCAGAUGACGGCACUGCCAUGGUGGGCGGGGAUCAUCUGCACCACGGUGGCAUUGCGCACCGUCAUCACUCUGCCGCUCGCCGUCUACCAGGCCACCAUCAUCGCAAAGAUCGAAGCCUUGCAGAAGGAAAUAGCAGAGUUAGCACAGAGGCUACGCUACGAGAUCUCCGUCAGGGCCAAGGAGAAGGGCUGGUCUGAGAAAACGUGCAGGUACCAUUUUAAGAAGAAUUUGCGGCGGAUCGUGUCCGAGUUGUACGUGAGGGACAACUGCCACCCUUUCAAGGCCAGCUUGCUCGUCUGGGUGCAGUUGCCCAUGUGGGUGAGCGUCUCUCUCGCCCUGCGUAACAUUAGCGUGGGAUUGGAACAUGCCCCCUCUGGAUUGCAGCAGCAGCUGGCAGCAGGUGGCGCUCUCUGGUUUCCAGACCUUACAGUCCCAGACUCCACAUGGAUCAUCCCUGUGUCUCUGGGUCUCAUCAACCUGCUAAUCACUGAGGUUCACGCCCUGAGCAAGCUCGAACAGUCAAAGUUCCAGAAGUAUGUGACCAACUUUAUCAGAGGAAUCUCUCUGGUCAUGAUUCCUUUAGCUGCCACCGUCCCUUCUUCAAUGGCGCUGUAUUGGCUCAGCUCCAGCAGCAUCGGUCUGGCUCACAACCUCCUCCUGCGUUCUCCACGCUUCCGUGCUCUCUGCCGAAUCCCGCCGUCUCACUCGGACUCUCAAACUCCCUACAGGGACAUCGCUGCUGCGUUCGUGACCAAAUACAUGAAAUAAACUCAUAAAAACAUCACCGUAGGUUGGUCAGGUUCAGCGUGAUGCCGAUACACCAUCUGUCUUCUCUGUUCCUGGACAUCACGAUGGACGUUCGUGAAAAAACGAUAAACAGGAAGACUAAAGAAUUUCCAGCAUAAACAGUUUUGGUGUUGAGGUAGAAAUAUUUUGAAAGGACUUCUUAAGCAUCCUGUAAACUUUGUGUGGGAGUAAACUAAAGUAAAAGAAG